AUGGUGCAAAAUCAGAGAACACCAUCACAACAUAAUUCUACCCUUUUCAUUUCACCAGUUAUCAAUAAUCGCCGACAAGAUUUAUUCAUUACUCCUCCAAACCCACCAACAACAUUAUUCGAUACACCAGGAUCCAAUCAUUCGCUGUUUUUCAAUUUAGAAAAGUCCAAUUUGCAUGAAGAACAGAAACAGGUGCAUGAUGUCGAACCACUUACACAAGCAGAAAAGUUGAGACUAUGGAGACACGACGCAUUGAUGCAGCAUCAUUAUACCACGGCUGAAUAUAUAGGAGACAAAGUUUUGGCGUUGACAGACGAUCCAAAUGAUGCAUUUUGGCUUGCGCAGGUGUAUUUUAACAGUGGAAAUUAUUUGAGAGCAAAGCAUCUCUUGACCAGUAAGCCCGAAUUCGAAAAGUCUGUCAGUUGUCGAUAUUUGGCAGCGUAUUGUCUAUUAAAAUUAGAAUUAUGGGACGAUGCGCUCGACUUAAUAGGAGAAUCUAAUCCAUUUAGGAAGGAUGAUAAUUAUCAGGUAAGGAAUAGUGAUGGAGGGAUUAAAUUGGAGGCGUCAAUGUGCUAUUUAAGAGGUCUUAUAUAUGCCAAUCAAAACAAUUUUGAAAAAGCAAAAGAAUCGUAUAAGGAGGCGGUUUUGGUUGAUGUCAAGUGUUAUGAAGCUUUUAAUGAGUUGAUAUCAAAUAAUUUGAUGACUCCAAGUGAAGAAUGGGCAUUUAUAACUUCAUUGAAUUAUAGAGAUGCGGACGAUAACGAUGAACUUAUUAAAUUAUUAUACACAACCAAUUUAAGCAAAUAUUUGAAUGUUCAAAAAUUUGAAGAAGCAGAAAACAUUUUGAAAGACGAAUAUGACUUGGGAGAGAAUUGUGAUAUUCUAUUGAGCAAAGCUGAUUAUCUUUACGUCCAAUGUAAUUUUGACGAAUGUUUGGCUACGUAUGAAAAAAUUUUAUCAAAGGAUCCUUAUAAUUUCAAUGUAUUGCCGAAUUAUUUGAGUUGCUUACAUGAGCUUGGAGGGAAGAAUAAACUAUUCUUAAAGGCGCAUCAAUUGGCUGAGAAUCAUCCUAAUAACCCAAUGACCUGGUUAUCAAUUGGAGUAUACUACUUAUCUAUAAAUAAGAUUAUUGAAGCAAGAAAAUUUUUCAGUAAAGCAACUUUAUUAAAUCCUAACUUUGGCCAUGCCUGGAUAGGAUUUGCCCACACGUUUGCUGCAGAGGGUGAACAUGAACAAGCUAUAAGUGCUUAUGCGUUCGCUGCUAGAUUGUUUCCUGGUUCACACUUACCCAACUUAUUUUUGGGCAUGCAACAUCUCCAGAUGAAUAAUCUAAACUUAUCAGAAGAAUACUUAAUCGUUUCGUCCCAGAUAUGUAACUCGGACCCCUUGGUUCUAAAUGAGAUAGGAGUCAUUAAUUUUUAUAAGAAUGAUUUGAUGAAAGCUGAACUUUAUUUCCAAGAGGCACUAGGAGCUGCUAAGCAUUUGAACUCUGAUUCUAAAAUCUGGAUUUCGAUACACGCUAAUUUGGGCCACGUCUUCAGAAAAGGUAAUCGCCCUUACAAGGCAUUGGAAUGCUUCAAUCAGGUAUUGAAGAUCAGCCAUACGAAUGAUUCCAACAUUUUAUCAGCUAUGGGGCUCAUCUAUUUGAAAUUAGGAAAUGUUUUCAAAGCGAUAGACACGCUUCAUGAUGCACUCGCUAUUUCGCCGUCUGAUCCAGUGGCUUCCGAUCUUUUGAAACGGGCCUUGGAGUCCAACAAAACGAAUAGUUCACUAUUUUUGACCCAUACGAGCGAUAAGUUAUUAGAAUUAAACAUGCCAACGUUGCAAUACAGAUCCCGGAAAAACAAGUCAAAAUCAAGUCAGCAUCUUGCUGAUAUCACAACUUCAAAUAAUAAGCUUAUGACACCGAUAAAUAAUAAGACAAAGAACUUGCCGAACGCACCAAGAAGAGAUGACGUGCUUCCAGAUAGCUUUACUCUGAGAGACUAUAGUGACCUGGUUGAGGCAGGCGACGUAAAUCUGGUUGCGCAUGAUUUGAGAAAAGGAGAGGAAUCUAGUGACGAAGAUGAUGAAGUAAUGGAUAUAGAGAGUGAUUAG